GUUAUACUGUGUCCACCCGCUCGCAGGUUUCAGCGCUCUAAAUAGAUAUCCGAAAAAUAGGAUCAGUGAGCUGCCCAGAUAGGAACAGGUACAAGGAUGAGUCACACAACAAUCAAUACUGACCAAGGACGGUCAACCAAACCAGCAUCUGCAGGACAUACAAAGAAGUCCGAGUCACAAGGUUCUUUAGACGCACUAACGUCUGCAUUCUCGAAUAGCCAUAUCGCAUCAGAGCUAUCAAUCGAACCAGAAGCUUUCAAGAAGCUUGCUUUACAAGACCCAACUUCAGAUGCAACGGCUGAGGUGGGGAAACAAAACGGCAAUCAGCAUACCGAUGAGGUGGCAAAGAAGGCACCCGAGCAGAAUGACACGCUUAGUCAGACAGCAAAAAGUCUAGGAAGCAUUCUACAUGAUUGGACUUGGUCACAGGGAGGCGAAGUAAUCUUGUCUUUGGGUCGAAGAACGCAGAUAAACGAUGAAUCGGCUUCAUCUGCCACGCCGGCAAAAUCGCUUGCUGAUGCGAUUCCAAAUUCUAUGACCAUGGGCGACAAGCUAGAGGAUGUGAAGCACAUCAACAUGUCCCUUACUUCCAAAGAAUUGUCUACCAUAAUACGGCAUGUCAAAUUGGCCGCUUCUCAGGUUGAUUGUCAGGCAACAACGCUGUUUGAGCAUCUCGACGAGAAGGAGAGGGAGCCUUUUGCUUUCAUUAUGGUCAGAAGGAUACCUAGCAGUGCACAAGAGUUGUUGGAGCUACGAGUGGCAGUGGUUGGAAAUGUCGAUGCUGGUAAAUCAUCAACGUUGGGUGUGCUGACGAGAGGAGGCUUGGACGAUGGAAGAGGAAAAGCUCGUGUGAAUCUAUUCAGGCACAAGCAUGAGAUCGAGUCAGGAAGAACGUCAAGUGUCGGUAUGGAGAUUCUAGGAUUCGAUGUAGGAGGUGGAGUCGUGAUGAACAUUGAUGCCAAAAAUACCUCGGAGCCAGGCAGGAAGAUGAGCUGGGAGGAGAUCUGCGAGAAAAGUGCAAAGGUGGUAUCAUUUAUUGACUUGGCAGGACAUGAGCGUUAUCUAAAGACGACUGUCGGUGGUCUGACCGGGUGCUUGCCUGACUUUGUCAUGCUUAUGGUUGGUGCCAAUGCAGGUCUGAUAGGAAUGUCGAAGGAGCACUUGGGUGUAGCAUUGGCUUUGGCUGUGCCUGUUCUGGUCUGCAUCACAAAGAUUGAUAUGACACCACCACACAUCCUGGAAGCUACUAUCAAACAAUUGACAAAGAUUCUUCGCUCGCCAGGGUGUAGAAAGACGCCAAUCUUUAUCGAAUCUCCAGAACAAACGGUCGAUGCAGCUUUGCGACUGGGUCAUGAACGAAUCUGCCCCAUUUUCCAGAUCUCCAACGUCACAGGUCACAACUUGAACCUGCUCCGUUCGUUCCUCAACAUUUUGCCGCAAGCCAACGCUGCCAAAUUCUCGCCAAAUGCUCCCUUCAAAUUCCAGCUGCAGGAUGUUUUCUCUGUGCCAUUCGUAGGCUGUGUGGUCAGUGGGGUAGUACUGUCUGGUAUGGUCAAGGUUGGAGACAAUCUAAUCAUUGGUCCUGAUACGUUGGGUCAAUUUACCAGCACAAGUGUUCGUUCAAUUCAACGGAAGCGAGUGAAUGUUGAAAUGGCAACGGCAGGUCAAAGUGCAAGUUUUGCAUUGAAAAAGAUUCGAAGAAAUCAAGUUCGAAAAGGAAUGGUGAUGAUGUCAAAAGCGGUUGAAGGUCAACCGCCUCCAAGGGCUGUGAUGACAUGUGAUGCUGAGAUCUUGUGUUUGUAUCAUUCAACAACGUUGAGUGUGGGAAGUUGCAUGGUCUUGCAUGCGGCAAGUAUUCGACAGACUGUUCGUAUCACUCAGAUUGCCAAAUUGGACGCACAGGGAAAUAUCGUCAGCAGUACAUGGCCAAAUCAGGCAAAUAAGGCAGGUCAAAAUACGAGCGACGGUUCAACGGAAGCGGGAAAUGCAUCUGAGUCAGUAUCGAAGAAUGGAAAGCAGACAGGAAUGAAUGAACCCACUUCCUCUUCGCCGGACAAGCCAGUCGUACGUACGGGAGAUCGUGCUUUGCUACGGUUGCAAUUCAUUCGAACGGCAGAAUAUCUGGAGCCUGGUCUCAAACUCAUCACACGAGAGGGCAAGACGAAACUCAUUGGUGUUGUACGUGCAGCUGGACAGACAGGUCCGCUCAGCGCAGAUAUUAUCCCAAAGAAUCGGCCCGCAGGUUCGAAUGAGUCAGAGGCUAAUGCUUAAAGAGGGAAUAUGCUGAGUCAAUGGGAGGUUCUUCUAUUAUUUGCUCUACUCAUGUACAGUUAC